AUGGUGUGGCAGAAACGUACUGGGGGUCGCCCAUAUAUGGCCUCAACGGGCACUACCCCGGCCCAUUGGAACUUGAACAAUGCGGCUACGUACCGUUGUGCUGGGCUCGCUGGCCCAUGGGCUCACUACGUCUCCGCGACCGCACUCACAUAUUUGCUUGAUGCGAGUGAGAAGGCCUGCUUCUACUCAUAUGUAGAUUCCCCGCCAGCGAAGAUUGCAUUUUAUUUCGCGGUCCAAUCGGGUGGCUCUUUCGAUGUCGAUUACUCAAUCGUGGGUCCCGAUGAGAAGGUGAUUGUCGACGGGCACAGAGAGAGACAGGGAGAUUUCGUCUUCAACGCCGAGACCGUAGGCGAGUACCGCUUCUGCUUUGACAAUGAGAUGUCUACGUUUGCGGAAAAGAUGGUAGAUUUUGAGAUUGCGGUCGAAAACGAAAUAAAGGCCCAACUCCCUUCGAAACAAGGAGCACCCCCCGAACAAGCGUCUGCAGUCGAAGAAUCCAUUUUCAAGAUCUCAGCUCAGCUGUCAACAAUCAGCCGUAACCAGAAAUACUUCCGGACGCGCGAAAAUCGCAAUUUCAGCACUGUGCGCAGUACUGAGCAGCGGAUUUUCAAUUUCAGCCUUAUCGAGGGCAUGAUGAUGAUGACAAUGGCCGGGCUGCAGGUGUUUAUUGUUCGGUUCUUCUUCCAGGGUGCGAGGAAAGACAAUUCCAUCAGCUUAGAGCACGUUAUCUCAGUAAACUCAGCCACUCCACUCCGAGCUAACCCAAUCCGAACUACUGCUACUUUCUGCCAAGUCCUGCUAACAUCUGAGCCAAUCAACUGUCACGGGGCUUACACUAAACCUAAAUGGGACAUCCCCAGCAAACUCUUCGCGGAGCGUCUGAGAAAAAACGGUUCCUUCAUCCAACGCCUUGAUCUUGCCAUCAAAACAUCUAUCCAGCCAUCAGAGACUCUAGUCAAAGCACCGACUGGGUCGGACAACAUCCCAUCAACUGCAUCAAAUAUGGCCAAGGGGGAUCGAAGAAAACGCGCAAGUCAGCUACAACAGCGGCUUCAAAAGCCAUCAUUAAAGCAAAUACUUUCAAUGAACAUUGAAGAUAUGCCACAACUUGUCAUGAGCUAUGCCGGACCAGAUAGUAUCGACAAGCAACAGGAUGUUAUUCAGUAUUGUCUUCAACGAAUACUUCAAGGCCCGCGUCCAGAUCCUGAGUGUACUCUUCAGCCACGCAUAGAACAAGUCCGUAUACUUCGGCGCAUGAUAUAUGGAUAUAGCGACACUUUAUUCAUUGCCAGAACUGGCUAUGGAAAGAGCCUUAUUCUUCAAUCCUAUACAAUUCUGACAGGAAAGAUAACCAUUCAACUGGUUCCUCUAAACAAGCUUGGUGAUCAGCAAACAAGAGAUAUAGCACGGUUUCCCGGUGCCAAUCCUUGUCUGGUCAGUGCUGAUAAUCUCCAGGGGCAAGAAGACUUACUCAAACGCAUUCAACAAGGUGAGUAUACACAUAUACUGCUCAGUCCAGAGCAAGCUCUUUGCAAGCGAUUUCAGCAUGUUCUUCAAGACCCUACUUUACAAGAAAAGAUUGGGCUUGUAGCUAUCGAUGAGUGUCAUCUUGUCACACAGUGGAGUCAAUUCCGUAGUCAGUUUGCCAGGCUGGGGCACCUGAGAUUGCUUCUUCGUGAGGAUAUUGUCUGGUUUGGCUGUUCCGCAACCCUCAGCAGUAAAGCUGAAGAUAUCAUUCUUCAAGAGGCUGGAUUUCGUUCUAUUGGUGUAAACCCACGGCAGACUCAGGUUAUUCGAACUUCCAUUAACCGUCCCUGA